GUUUAGAUGGUCUUUUUCGCUUGUGAUCAAUGUGGCGAGUCGCUAAAAAAGAGCCAGGUUGAGAAGCACUCCUUCAGAUGCCACUCUAAAAGCUACAGUUGCAUCGACUGUCAAGUCUGUUUCACCCCUUACACCUACCAACAGCAUGUCAAAUGCAUCACUGAAAAUCAAAAAUAUGGAUCGAAAAACUACGUUGAAAAGGAAGCAAAGGGAGAACUGAAACAGAAUGCAUGGUGUGAGCAGGUGGAGCGAGCGAUUGAAUUUGUUAAGGACCCAAAGUUGAAGGGUUUACUGCAGAAUAUCCAAGGGUACAGCAACAUUCCACGCAAGGAAGCAAAGUUUAUAAAUUUCUUGACCAAUUCUUGUCGUAUUCGGGAUACUGCAUUAUGCAAAAUGGCCUGGAAAGCUAUAGCCGAUGAAGCAGAAAAAUUGAAGAAGGAAGAGCAGGCCAAGAAAGAAGCGGAGGCUGAAAUAGCUAAAGAAGCAGAGAAAGCCAAACAGUCUUCUUCGGAGGCUAAGCCAAACGAUGGGAACGGCAAUGAGAAAGCUAAUGGGAAUGAGAAUGCAGCUCCUGCUGUCAACUUCAAAUGGAAAGCUACGAUAAAACGGAAAUUGCGUGAAGCUGGUGGGGAAAUGAAGGUGAAGAAGUUGCGCAAAAUGGUGGUGGGUGCAUAUCGUGAAGCGCUUGGCGAUGAGGAAGGAAGUGAAAAGCUUGAGGAGCUGUUCAUGGCGAAAUUAGCCAAAAGUGGAGUGACUGUGGACGGAAAACUGGCUUUACUGGUCACUUGA